GAGUGUGGCUCAAUACGAGUGUGUGCGCUACAGUAGUACCGGAGGAUGAACAUGGACAGCGGCUGCACGGCGGCUCCCCUCCCCGGCAAAAGCAGCUGGGGAGAAAGCUGAACGUGGAGAGAUCAAUAUGCAGGGGAAGAGAUAUCUUAUCAAUACAUAAACCGGAUACAAGGAGUGCAAAGAUGACCGAGGGCAGACUGUGCCAAGUGCAGCUGCUGGAGGACAGGAAGCUGGAGCUGCUGGUUCAGCAAAGGCUGCUGUCGUACGAACUCCUCGACCUGGUGUCCUCACACUUCAACCUCAAAGAGAAGGAGUUCUUUGGAAUUGCAUUUUGUGAUGACAAUGGGCAGCGUAAAUGGUUGCAGAUGGACCGCAGAGUUCUUGAACAUGACUUUUCCAAGAAGUCUGGGCCCAUUGCCCUCAACUUCCUGGUCAGGUUCUAUCUAGAAAGCAUCACACAGCUUAAGGACAUCACCACGGUGGAGUUAUUCUUCCUGAAUGCAAAAUCUGCCGUCUACAACGGGAUUAUAGAGGUGGAGAGUGAGAACGUCUUCAAAUUAGCCGCAAAUGCUUUGCAGGAGGCGAAGGGGGACUACACAAGUGAUGAAAGCACAAGAGCUGAACUGAAGAAGCUACCAACUCUUCCCACCAAAGUCCUCAAGGAACAUCCGUCGUUUGCAUACUGUGAGGAUCGCGUAAUCGAACAUUAUAAACAGCUGAAAGGAGUCUCCCGAGGAAAGGCCAUUGUUCAGUAUCUGACGUUAGUGGAAUCGUUGCCCACGUAUGGCGUGCAUUAUUAUGAAGUGAAGGAUAAACAAGGGAUCCCGUGGUGGCUUGGAAUCAGCUAUAAGGGCAUCGGCCAGUAUGACCUGCAGGAUAAAUUGAAACCUCGAAAGCUUUAUCAGUGGAAGCAGCUGGAAAACUUGUACUUCCGGGAGAAGAAAUUUGCCGUAGAAGUUAAUGAUCCACACAGGAGAGCAGUAACCAAGCGCACCUUUGGGCAGACGGGCCUACUCAUCCACACGUGGUAUGCCAGCCAUUCUUUGAUCAAAACCAUAUGGGUCAUGGCUAUUAGCCAGCACCAGUUCUACCUGGACAGAAAGCAAAGCAAGGGUAAAUUAGUAACAGCCAGAAGUGUGGAGGAAAUUGCCAUGGAUCUCACGGAGCACGGAGGAGCGAAAAUCAACAGACUGGGAGACGCAGGCCUGAACAAAACCUUAAUAACAGCCAGCAAUGGCAGCCUGGUGUCUACAGGUUCUGCAGACUCUGAAAUGAGUGAAGAACAGAAGAAAGAGAAACUCUCUGAUCUGAGGAAAAAAGAGCAGGAGAUCCAAGAUAUUCUGUCCAAGAAAACAAAAGAACUGAAGAAGAUUUGCUUGAGAGAGGCGGAGAUCACUGGCAAGCUGCCGAAAGAGUAUCCCCUCUCUUCAGGAGAAAGACCGCCACAGGUCAGACGGCGAGUUGGCACUGCUUUCAAAUUGGAUGACCUGUUCCCCUACAAUGAGGAUCCCAUUCUGAGGAACCUGGAGAGCAGGUUUGCGCUGCAGCAGAAGAUUGUGGAGGCGGCCAAGAAGCUCGCUAAUGAAGGAGAACUGUGCAAAACUGUGAAGAAGAAGAGGAGGAGAAACUGUUUGGAUGCCAUGCACAAACUCCAGCAGAUCGAGGAUGAGAUGAACCAGUACCGCAUCAAGAAGGGGAAAAAGCCCACGCAGCGGGCCUCGCUGAUCAUUGCAGAUGAACUCGUCCGUUCAGACUGCAGCUCGCUGGCUAGUCUCCCGCUGGAUGAUGAUGACUCGGAUGGUGUCAGUCAGAGGCCACGCUCGCGGUCCGUCCAGGGUUCCCCUCAGCUCAGUCCGAUGCGAUCGCUGGGAAUAGAAUAUGAUGUAGAUAGACGUGGAUCUCCGAGGGAAAAUCAUCUAAACAAGAAUCACAGCAGACUAGCUUUUGAAGGCCAGGAUGCUUCCCACUACUACCAGAAUCCAAGAGAGGUCUCCUCCACCCACAGUAGUCCAUAUAAAACCCUUCCCAGACCUCUUAGAGAUCCACGCAGCAUGCCUCCCACCCCGGUUAUGACCCGCAAUGCCUACAGCAGCAGCCAGCUCAGGUCCGAGGGGUCUCCUCAUUGCUUCAGGCAUCGCAGCGGGAGUCUGGAGUCGCAGCCUCGGCUAAAAAAAGAUUCUGACUCAGAGAAGCCAGUUUUUAUCUUGUCACCUUCCCACCGCAGCAACAGCACAGAGGUGUUGGAGGAUUGUUCGUCCUACACCAGCCAGUCCAGCCUGGACUACUGCGGGGCGCCCAACUCCCACUACAGUACGCUCGACUCCCGAACCUCAACCAUGCAUCGUCUCCACAGGAAGGUGGAGGUGUAUGGAAAUACCGGGAGUAUGCCCAACUUGGUCCAGAACCCCUCUGGUUCUAGUUACUCAUGUGAUACCUCAUCACACUAUGCACCCAGUGCCUACUAUGUGGACAUGGAGCCUUACGCUAACGGUGCCUACGUGUAUGAGAAUGACGUCGAGGGCCACUACAACGUCAACCCUUCCUACCAAAUAAAUGGGUAUAACGGACAUGACAGAUACAGGACUUACAGCAGCGACCGGGCAGAUAGUAUUUCCCAGAAUCCCUACGCUACAGUGAGGCCGCCGCGAAACAGAGAGGGGCCCAGGAACGAGCUGUUGGCUAAGAACAUGCAGAAGGCCCUGGUGGCGGAGCAUCUGAAGGGCUGGUACCACCGAAGCAAGGGUCCUGGGGUUGGAGGGAGGGGGAUGCUUUAUGAUUUUGACAGCGGCUCUCAGCUCAGCCUGGGAUAUCAGACCAUGCCAGCAGCUUUCAGCCACUCCAGCAGAACCACCUCCUUUUCUUCAGUGUCCUCAGUGGAAAGCGCAGGCAACUGGCGCAACCAGUUGGCAGUCGGCCUGACAGAUUACGAGACACCCGACACACCUCAGUACACACACCCUGCAGCGCCGGCUUCUCCGUACAACCGCAGUCCCUCACACAGCAGAUUUCACAUGGAUGGAAGCUACAUGGGCAUCCACUGAAGAGGACCAAACCAAACUUUGGCACAAACAAAGCCAUGGCCAGCAGCACAUGAAGGAGAAGAGGCUGAAACAUAGGCUGUACACACACUUUUUGUUUCUGCCUAAACCCCGUCUUGGAAGAUGUUUCGUCUGUUUUCGGCAGAGUCUAUGUGUACGCUGUCCUCAUGUUAAACCUCUGAACACAGUGAUGACACUCUUGAAUGACUUUUCCCAUGUGCCUUGGAUUGGAUGGAUUGUACAGGCAGAUGAGAAUGUGUCAAGGAACUUUAAGAUGUUGCACAACCACACUGGAUUCAAACCCUUUUGUGUUUUAAAGAGGAAAAAACAGGCGACAUGGGUUUUUACUGGAAUCCAACUCCAUGUGGAACUAGCUACCGCAUUAUACAAAACAGUAGGUUAUAGAAUAAAAUGUUUUUCACCACUUUCAUCUCAGUAAAGUAACAUAGUCUUAAUUAUAACAUUCAAAUAGAAAACGAACAUGUUCCCAAUGUGACAUUACAAGAACCCAUUAUUAUUAGGCUGUGUAUUUGAUGACUUAACAUUUCUUCCUUUCAUUUAACUUUUAUUCAGAUGUAUUAUGUCAAUAUUGUUUAUAAACCAUUUUGUCUUUGUUGGUGGCGUGAUGUGUUUUGAAAUGCAUGGUAAGAUUUUUUAAAUUUCAUUUACAAGAACUUCUUUUUAUAUUAACAGAAGACCACUGCCGUAAAAAAAACCCAUAUUCAUGUCUCGUUUUCUCACAUAUUUGUACAGUCAGUGUGUAGUUACAUGUUAGAUGUUGUCAUAAAAUAUUUUCCACUGGGAACAAGGAUGUGAAUAAAUACAUGUGACCGACA